GUUUAAUCUAUAUCCCGUACGGUGUAGUAUACGGUACGGUAACAAGGCAGACAGGGAGGACAGGGAGAUAGGCAGAUGAGAAGCUACUUGCGUGAGCUGAUGACUAGAUAUAACGCGACCCUCCCGUCAUAAUUAACAUUUAGUCUCUUCUUAAUUCCACAUGACAAACAUUCUUAUCCUCCAUCUUCUCAUCUCAUAUACCCAUUUCGAAGCAUUUUGAAGUUUUUUGAUACUCCUUUGAAGAGUCUAUACCCCUUAACUACAUUCAAGAUGCCUAUGUUCGAAGAUUACGACCUCGUCCAAGCUUCUGAGAAGCAGGACAAGCAGGACAAGCAGGUGAGGAAGACCGCUUCCAUGGCCAACACCAACGGCAAUGGCAACGGAGCAGACCACGCGGUAGAACAUCACCUGGGCCACGAUUCUCUAGCAAUUCCCGGCGAGCAUGAUGACGGGCCGAUCGAGGUUCCUGCUUCAAGAUCAUCCAUCUCCGAGGCUGCCAAAUACAUGCACAACUUGAGCGCCACACCUUCCAUGAAGGAGAGAAGAGGCUCGCGUAACUCCUUCGGCUCUACUCUCCCCAUCCCCAGAUCGAAGAGACAGUCCCGCCUGUCCUCGGUCCACUACCCCGAUGGUGAUGAGGCUCUUACCCGUCCAACCCGCCCGGGCAUGCCGCCUGUGCAGCCUUCGCGUGCCAUCUUAGCUUCGCAAGUACAGAGCGUCGAAGUUGAAAAGGUGAAGAAGGCCAAGAACAUGGCAUUCGCUUUCGACAUCGACGGUGUCCUUGUCCACGGCGACCGUCUCAUCCCCGAAGGUCGCCGUGCGCUCGAAAUCUUAAACGGCGACAAUGAGCUCGGCAUCAGAAUUCCCCACAUCUUCCUGACGAACGGAUCGGGCAAGCCCGAACAGGCUCGCUGCGAGCAACUUGCCAAGAUCCUACAAAACCCUGUCAACACAGAGCAAUUCAUUCAAUCACAUACCCCUAUGAGCGCUCUUGCAGAGUACUACCACACUGUCCUAGUUGUGGGUGGCGAGGGCUACAAGUGCCGCGAAGUUGCCGAGAAAUAUGGCUUCAAAGACAUCGUCGUUCCCAACGACAUCGUUGCCUCAGACCCAUCCAUCGCCCCUUACCGGGUGUUCACCGAGGAAGAGCGAGCCUCCUCCCGACCGCGGGACUUCACCAAGGUCAACAUUGAGGCUAUCAUGGUCUUCUCCGACUCCCGAGACUACGCUACGGACAUGCAAAUCAUAAUGGAUCUUCUACGCUCUGAGAACGGUCGCUUAGGCACGAUGGCCAAGGACCCCGUCUCCCAGCGCAUUCCUAUCUACUUCUCUCAAGGUGACCUCCUGUGCCCCACGGAGCACUGGACGCCCCGCAUGUCACAAGGUGCAUUCCGCAUUGGUCUUGAGGCUAUGUAUAGGGCUCUAACUGGCACCGACCUUGAGCGUGUCGUCUACGGCAAGCCCGAGACCGCUACCUACAAGUACGCCGAUGAGGUUCUUGCAUCAUGGAUGGAGCAACUCCACGGCGAGGAGAGGCUACCGGAGAACAUCUACAUGAUCGGUGAUAACCCGGCCUCUGACAUCAUCGGUGGCAACAUGUACGGUUGGAACACUUGCCUCGUCCGCACCGGUGUCUUCCAAGGCGGCGACAACGACGAGAACAACCCAGCCAACUUUGGUGUAUUCCCCAACGUACUGGAGGCGGUCCAAACUGCUCUACGGAAGCAACUAGGCGACGACUUCAAGAUGCACUUCGACGACCGGAUCAACCCGGUCCUACACGGAGAUGCAGCUGAUGCCGCCGCAAUCAUAUAAUGACGGGAUGAUGAAUAUUUUUGUUUUUGUUUUUGGGAAAGGGCGUUAAUUGGGGGGGAUGACGAAUUUUCUUGGAUAUUUAGGAUUUUAAACGGCAUCGUAUCAGCAUUGACUAACCAUCAAGCAUGACAAACUUAGAGAGAUUGGAAAGACUGACAACCUCCUGGAGAGACGUUUAGACAUUUUUUCUUUUUGGCAAAUUCAACCACCUUCUUACGGCUUGUGUGGUUAGGCAAUUGGUGCUUGUUUUUCUUGUGCCUUCGCCUUAUGUCGCCUAU